AUGUCUGUAAGUAUCAAAGAAAUGGGCUCAAAGUACAAGGGCGACCUGUCAGAAUCCGAGGAGAGCAGCUGUUCAUCUUUGGCAUCCGAUUCGAAUUUGUAUCGAAUCAGUUUAGUUGACCUCUUUUGUCCCAUCUUCACACAGUUUGUCCCCGUAAACCCAAAGCCUUUCCUAAACGAAUUGACCGGAAAGCCUGUGAUGAUCAGACUGAAGUGGGGUCAAGAAUACAAAGGCUACCUGGUGUCAGUAGAUUCGUACAUGAACAUGCAGUUGGCGAACACAGAGGAAUAUAUUGAUGGAGCGUCAACAGGAGUUUUGGGAGAAGUGCUGAUUCGGUGUAACAACAUCCUUUAUGUGCGACGAUUGGACGAGGAAGAAGGUUCAGAUGACAUGCAAGAAUGA